CUCCGGUUCGCGUAGAUUUUAUACUAACUUGUACGUGUACCGCUUACGUGAUAAAGAAGACGAAACUGAUAUCUCAUUCUCUUCAUUUAUUUUACACAACUCUCUUCCUUCUCUGUCGGAUUUUUUUCAUCCAGAAGAAACGAAAAAAAAAUAAACCACAAAUAAUGACAAUAAUGAAUUCAUUUCUUGGUGCAUCAAAAGUAUCAUCGUGGUUCGUCCUAUUCAUCUGUGUCGUGUUUCAUCUUGAUUCAUCUGAAGGACGACAGCAGGAGAAAAAUUUGGAUAUAUUCGGUUACUCGACCUUGGAACAUCAUCGAAUCGUUCGAGAUGUAUCGUUGGUGGAUAACUACAAUGACGAUCACAAGUUUCCAAAGUUUGCUGAGGAAAUACAAAAUGUGACUGUCAGCGUUGGACGCGAUGCACUCUUGGCAUGCGUCGUUGAUAAUCUUCAAAAUUAUAAAGUAGCCUGGGUUCGGGUCGAUACUCAAACGAUAUUGUCGAUCCACAUAAAUGUGAUUACUCAGAACCCACGGAUCUCUUUAUCGUACAACGACCAUCGUUCAUGGUACCUUCAUAUAAAGAAAACGCAGGAGAGCGAUCGUGGAUGGUACAUGUGUCAAGUUAACACAGACCCCAUGAGAUACAAGCAAGGUUACGUACAAGUUGUUGUACCACCAUCAAUAAUCGACAAGGAUACCAGUACGGAUAUGGUUGUAAGAGAAGCAACGAAUGUAACGUUGACCUGUAAAGCAAAAGGUUAUCCAGUCCCUUACGUGAUGUGGCGACGAGCAGAUGGCAAAAGCAUAAGCUACGAUGGGAAACAUGUUAACGUCAUCGAUGGAGAAUUUUUACAUAUCGUCAAGAUAAGUCGACUUCAUAUGGGAAAAUAUCUGUGCAUAGCAUCGAACGGCGUGCCACCAUCGGUCAGCAAAAGCGUCACGCUCAACGUUCACUUUCCACCGAUGCUAUCUAUUCCAAAUCAAUUGGAAGCUGCCUAUAUCGGACAAGAGGUUACUCUCGAGUGUCACAUCGAAGCUUUUCCAACAGCCAUUAAUUAUUGGACUACGGAAAACGGCGAUAUGAUUGUCUCCGGUGACAAGUACAUGACGGUGAUUGCUGAUAACGAGUACACGAAGCACAUGGUAUUGAAGAUACGUAAUGUUACCUCGAAGGACUUCGGUUCUUACAAAUGUGUCGCACAAAAUUCAUUGGGUGCAACGGACGGUGUUAUCAAGUUGGACGAAAUCCCAGCACCAUCUACCACCUCAACAACGCAAUCUCCGUAUUACGUAACAUCGUUAAUGAAGAAAAACGGUAGAAACGGUAACAAGAAAUUACGUCAACGUCCCAACGAUUACGAGGUCGAGGAAUGGAGAAAUCCAGAUUACGAGAACGAAUACGAGCCACCAUCGAUGCCACCAGGAGAUUUACCAUUGGAUGCGUUAAAUCUGGGCGCUGCACGUGAGCCCCGCAUACUACUUCAUCUUCUAUUACCGAGCGUUUUGCCAUUGCUCUUAACAGCCAUCAGAAGAUGAUUCUCGCAUCAUGGGAACGGGGCUUCCAGUUGUAGUGUUUAUUGGACGGAAAGUCCGGCGUGCGUCCGUUUCCGGUCGUACGACGGUUCUCGAAUGCGACGAUGUCGGCCACGCUUGAAAUUAUUUUCGUACUAAAGCUAGACUUAAAUAAUAAUAAAAAUAAAAAUAAAAACACAAAACAUAAUAAAAUAAAACAAA